AGAAAGACGGCGUUAGCUCCGCUUGGCUAACUCAAAAACUCAUUUUAAAAAGUAGAAUAAAACAAGAAGGCGUUUAAACGAGUGACAGUGGACAGUGAUUUCUAAACGGUGUCACCGAAAGUUAACACUGGCUCUGCGUUUUGGAGGAUUUACAGCUCGUUUUGUUGACUUUAGUUGACUUGAAGUGAGAAAGCUAACAAGCUAACCUAGCAUUAGCCGGUCGGUUAGCUAAAGCUGUUAUGUCGGAGAGGAGAGAAAAUGAAGAGCAGGAGGUGAAAGAAUAUGAAGAAGAGGAGGAAGACACGGACACAAAUGUUGAAACAGGAGGAAAUACUGUAGAGCAGCCGGCAGAGGACGACAGAGAGCCGGGGAGGAGAGGAGAGGAGGAGCAGGAAGACAGGACGACCCCAGAUGUGCUGGAGGCCGCAGAAGAAGCUGAAUAUGAUCUGCAGGACGGUCUUAUAGGGCCUGUUAACACAAUAGAAGUUGGAAACUCAGUGGCAACAGAUGUGCUGGAGACUGUAGAGGAAGCUGAAACUCAGGCGGAUCUGUCCCAUGAUGCCGAGCAGCUCGGAGAGCCUCAGAGAACAGAACAUGUUGGAAACUCCACGGCGACAGUGAAGGUGGUGCUGGUGCCGGAGGGUCAUGUGAUGACGGUGGCGUUCGCCAUCGGCCUCAGCAUCGCCCAGCUGAAGCUCCACCUCGCCAACGAGCUCCGAGUUCCUGCUGACGUGCUGCACAUCUUUCUGGACGGCAGAGCGGUGGACGAGCAGCAGAGCCUGAUGGAGCUCGGCGUCCGGCCCAACGGCUCCACCCGGAUGGAGAUGAGCUCCAUCGACCCCGACUCACACCCUCUGCGCCCCCUCCGCCCCCCCGAGCAGGACAACAUGCCGGACGUCAUCACCGUCAGAGUGCAAACAGAGGAGAACAUGUUCCGGGAGGUGGUGGUGGAGAUCGAGCGUCCUCCCCAGCAGAAGGCCUUCCUGGGCGGGUUCAAACACCGGCUGACGGGGGCGCAGUACCACCAUGCCGCCAUGCAGACCCUCCCCAAGAGGAGAGCCGACAGAGGGGUGGUGCUCUUCAGCCGCAACACACAGACAGUGGAGCUGCAGUCUGAGGCGCAGCAGUGUCCGCUCGACGCCUCCACCCAGAUGACGGGGAUCGGCUGCUACGUCUCCUGCAUGGACGACAAGCUGGUCGCCCCCGGCAACUACAUCACAGCUGACCAGUACCACGAAGAGAGGCUGAGAGCUGUGAGUGACUAA